AUCCCGUUCACUCUCGAAACCCUCUGCAGCCGGUCCACCAGGUCGUACUGGCACGGCCACACGCGGGUGCGCGCGUUCAGUGGUAGAAGCUGCUAGAUUCUCUACCUUGACACCGUGCUCAUCGUGCUGUGACGUCGAUAGACGCUGGUCACGUGGCGUCCGGCCGUUGUUGUCGCCUAGAGGGCGCGUUUUUUGCCAAACUUGUCGACUAUAAAUACCCCUCUCCCCCACGGCCUCACCUCCUCCUUUCAACCUUUCAACCUUGCGUUUCCUUCACCCCUCCCUUCCCCCCAAUCGGCUCACCAAACUAUCAUCCGGUCUGUAACUUCUAUGAUUCGCACCCACAGAUAAUGAUCCUCUGUUCAUUUGAGCCACUGGCCGAACAUGUCAUGACAGGCUGCAAGGCCCCGGGAGUCUGAAUCAUCGAAGGAAAGUUUGUUUCUGGGCCAUAGCUCGAGACGCUUUCCAUACCGAAGUCGUGAAAUCAACCGAUUUUGCGAGGGAUGUCAAGGCCAGGACCGUCAUCAUUUAUAUGGCGGCCCAUCACGGCUGCGGCGAACACUACGUAUACGAAGAGCCCGACGAACACGACUGACCUGGACGAACACAGCCGGGCCCCGACGCACACGAUCGAAAGCCUCGGGGCCUACCAAGUCAAGCCACCGAAACCAACCAGCCGGUUCUCUGUGGAUAACCACCACCCAUGGGGUUACCCUCGUGUCGCUGAUGGGCCUUGUCGUGCUAAGCCUUCCCCCAUCAGUAGUAAACCAAAUAUGCCCCCGAUAUAUGAUGUUGUUUGUUCCAGACAACUCAUGAUAGGCCGAAAGGUCCUGGUGUAA